UGCAGCUGAGAUAAGCUCCAGCAAACCCCGCGACCCCAAAAGGGACAAGCGGUAGAAAAUGGAUGGAUGGAAGGAAGGAUGCCACCUGUGCAACAAAUCCAGUGGUGUAAAACUACAAUCCCCAGAAUGCUUAAGGUAAAACGGCCGCCAAAUUACUAAUUGAAGGCACCUGAAAAGGAAGGAGGUUCGGUCAGACUCAUUCACCAAACAAGCUACAUGCAAGGAAGAACAGCAAGCAGACACAACCACAAGAUCCACUCUACAAGUUUCUCCAAACACACCAAUGGUUUACAACCUGCUGAUGAUUAUUUGAAAAUCAACUGAAAUGAAACCAACAAUGCUUCAAGUUGGAAAAUUAAAAUGUUGAUCAAUUGGAAGUCGUGAACCUAGCUCAGCUGUUCUGGCGAUGAAAUGCUCGCCAUUUCCACUCAAAUCAUCCGACGACGAGGGGUACCACUGGCUUAUACGGCGUCGAAUAGGUCUUGGAGCGAUGGAAGCAAUAGAAGAUCAUGGAAAAUAAAUGGAGUAUACGUCAGAAAACAAGCUGUUUGAUGUGAAGGGAAUGGCCUCACCAGCACAGCAAUGCGGGUCAAAUGGAGCAAUGGAAGGAGUAGAAGAUCAUGAAACCGAAAUGGAGUUGGCGUCAGAAAACAAGCUGUUUUAUGCGAAGGGAAUGAUCUCACCAGCACAGCAAAGUGGGUCAAAGAGAUGGACGUAUUUGAGUGGUGGACCGGAGACCAUAUUGAGUGUUGACAGCUGCGGAUGUUUGUGCAGUACGUGCGAUAUAAAUGAAAAGACUCGAAGAUGCACCGCCGCCAUUGGUGCGGCUGAAUGCUGGAUAUCUGGUGUCAAUCACAACCAGGAGAGAAAGAAAGAAAGGGAGAAGGAGGAAGGUGAUGCUGAUCCUCAGAAAGGAUGCUAUCGAUCAGCCUCACAGACGUCUUGCAAUUAGAUGUCCGUGCACAUGCGCAUUCCCACAUUUAUUUUUUCGUAAGGGGCUGAUAAUGAGGUAAUGCAAGAAGCAUCUAAUCGGAUGAAGCCGACGUUUCGAUGCAGAACUCCGCGCCGCUGUCCGGGAUGGUGAGUCACUUUCAGACGCCCGCCUUCAGCGACUUCGGAGCCGGCCAGACGCGCUCGGCGUACGGCGGCAGGGCGGAGACAUGCGCGCGGCGAGCCGGAGCCGCGAGCUACGGAGCGGCUCAGAUUUACCGGAGCCCACACCAGCACCACCACCACGAUGACAGCAGCCCCAAACGUAAAGCACACCUAGCCGCCAAAGCUCCACGCUCCUGCUUCACGUUCCCACCACUGCAAGGUAACGGUGCCUACUGCCUCGAAAAGAAUGGAGACCACACAGAGCUGGGAGACGCUCAGAGCACUAUGAUGCCAUGUGGGCAGAGUUUGCCUCUGCCCUUGGGGGGUCACCCCGGGGGACUUUAUCCCCAGAGCCUCCACUGCGACAGCCCAGCGCCUGAUCUUCUUCUGCAGGACAGCCCACACCAGGAUGCCAGAUCAUCCACUUUUCAGAGGACCUUACCCGGGGCCUCGCUGGGUGGUGCCAACCGGGCUCCAAGUGCUCUACCGUAUGCCAUUAAAGAAGAGGACGCCAUGGGUUACACCAUUUCCGGCAUCGGCGCUUCCCAGGCGGGGUUUCAGAACUCCCGGCCGGGCAUACUUUUGGGGGCGUCGAGGGACGAGAUGGUGGCUCUUGUUAGCAACGGCGGCAACGACAUGAGCGUGGAACCGUUUAAUAAUGAAGAUGGCUCCUCCCCAUUGGCUUUGUCCCCGGCCGGCUCGCGUCAGUCAGCGCGGCUGCUGAGCACGAGCAGUCUGAAAAGACGUCGCCUUUCGCUGGUCUCGCAGUGCCCCGCUGAAACCGGCGGUGUUGCGCUCGCAGAUUCUCCGUCAGCGACCAGAACUGCCUCGGAGGAGAUCAACAUCACCGCCAUCAUCUGCUCGUCCUCGCAAAUGUCCAUGGUCACGUGCGUCAACGGGUUCCGUGCUAACCUAUCGCCAAGCCACACCGGCGGCGGUGGCUUCACCUCUUCAUCCUCCUCUUCCUCGUCUAGAUCCCCACCUUCUGUACCCUGCCCUCGAGAAGCCCCUUACAGCCACCCACCACACGGCAGCCCCCAGCGAGCCUCAUUGCAGGGGAGCUGUCAGCUAUCCUCACCCGCCGCUUGCCUGCUGUCCCUUUCCUCCUCUUCCCCGUCGUCCUCCUCAUCGAUUUCAUCAGUGGAGCAAGGCCGAGGGCCGUGCGAGGAGCAGGGCUCCAUGCAUCAGGGCCCUGGGGCUGGAGAACCCUCCCUGGGGAAUACUGGUGGCUCAGACAGGUUGGGGUUUCUCAUGAGCGGGGUGCUGAUGUCAGGGACACUGCAGACGGGGGCAGAAACUGGGGUUUUACUGGACAGGAGCCAGAGAUCGGGGGCCGCCCUCAAGCAAGAGCCCUUAGAUGACUUUUCUCCCAGUGAAGACGAAGUUUUGCAGCACCGCUAUCAUCAUCAUCACUUAAGCGGGCGCAACGGGCAUCUUCGCCACUUCCAUCAGCAUCCCCGCACGACUAUGCCCCCGCCCUACCACCUGCACCAAUACGCGGGGGCCGUUUCCGGCCACAACCAUCAUUCGGCGCCUGGCUCCUCCCUGGCACUCAAACCUUCGCCCGUGGGUCCGUCCGAGAACGAAGAGGUCGGCGGUACGCAGAACGAUAAGCAGUCUUGUCGCUGGAUCGACUGCAGCGCUGCCUACGAACAGCAGGAGGAGCUGGUGAGGCACAUUGAAAAAGUCCACAUCGACCAGCGCAAAGGGGAGGACUUCACCUGUUUCUGGGCCGGCUGCAUCCGGCGCUACAAGCCCUUCAACGCCCGCUACAAGCUGUUGAUCCACAUGAGGGUUCACUCUGGAGAGAAACCCAACAAGUGCAUGUUCGAGGGCUGCAACAAAGCCUUUUCGCGUCUGGAGAACCUGAAGAUCCACCUGAGGAGCCACACGGGGGAGAAGCCUUACCUGUGCCAGCACCCGGGCUGCCAGAAAGCUUUCAGCAACUCCAGCGACCGCGCUAAGCAUCAGCGCACUCACCUGGACACGAAACCAUACGCGUGUCAGAUCCCUGGUUGCACCAAGCGAUACACCGAUCCCAGUUCCCUUCGCAAGCACGUCAAGAUCCACUCAGCCAAAGAGCAACAGGUGCGUAGGAAGGUCCGCCCCUGCCCUCACCUGGAGCAGGACGUCCUGAGUGACUGCCUGUCCAUGCAGCACCUCCAGACCUCCAGCCACCCUCAGCAUCUCUAUAGCAGCAAGGAGGGAUGCGCUCAAGGCCUGGGCCAAGAUGUAUUUACAGGCUUGUACGCUGGCUCUGGCAUCCCCCACCACAGCGCCUCAGCGGAGCUGCUCUCCCCCGCCGCAAACCCCGCCCCCGCCGCUGACCUGCCCUCCCGACAGCACCGAGACCUCAACAGCCCGCGUCACCUGUCCCCGAUGGCCGCCAUGGAGGGCUCCAGAGACAACGUGUCGGGUCCCCUCCUGUCUCCUGGGAUGAAGGGAACAGGGACUCCUCCUCCUCCGCUGGAAAAGCAUCACGUCCAAAGUCAGCACAAGCCCUACGCCCACUAUCACCACCAUCAGGCUCCCAGUAACGAAUUCCAAGGCAGCUUUCAGAGCUGCUUCCACUUCGCAGACUCCUACCGGAUGGAGCAGACGGUCAGCGGCGUCCACGCUUCCCCCGGAGAUUCCCACGCCUACACUUCCCAUCAGCACAAUGGCUUCCACAUGUCCUCCAGCAACUCUCUGGGCUCUGCAGGCUUCAGCUUGACCCAGGAGCUGCAAGGCGGCGCAGGGGUGUGCCAGUUCUCCCCCGGCCCAGAGGAGGGCGCCUUCUUCCAGGUGGGGAGCUUCGAGCGCGGCCUGAACCACAUCCCAUCAGUGUACACGGAGUCAUAGACCACCGACGCAACAAGCGAAAAAACACUGGAGCCCACUAUACCGUCCAUCUACUUCCACUCCCGUCCCAUAAUCCACUAGUUUCAAAUUCACUUAAUCACGUGAUUUAUCAGCCAAGAAAGGUAAGCUAGAUAGUACAAAUCCAUUAUAUACAAUAUAUCCCACUGUUAUAUAUCACCAAUAACAAUUUAAAAAUGACCAGAAGUGAAUACAAAAUUAUAAAAAAGUUUAUUUUAGUUUAAAGGCCUACUGAAACCCACUACUACCGAAAACGCAGUCUGAUAGUUUAUAUAACAAUGAUAAAAAUAUUAACACAUGCCAAUACGGCCGGUUUAGUUUACUAAAUUGCAAUUUUAAAUUUCCCGCGAGGUAUCCUGUUGAAAACGUCGCGGAAUGAUGACGCGUAUUUUGACGCAUGCUUGUGACGUUAUUGGUUGGAGGGGACAUUUUAGCCCAGCACCACUCACGGCUAAAAGUCGUCUCUUUUCAUCGCAUAAUUACCCAAAUUUUGGACAUCUGUGUUGCCAAAUCUUUUGCUAUUUGUUCAAUUAAUAAUGGAGACUAUAAAGAAGAAUGCUGUUGGUGGAAAGCGGUGUAUUGCAGCUGCCGUUAGCAAAACAAACACAGCCGGUGUUUCCUUGUUUGUUGUGCAGCUUUACUAUGGAGCAGAGUGGUCAAGCGAACAUGUUUCUCUACCACAUGUCAACCAGUAAGUUUUUGGAUGAGAAAAUUGUGAUAUUAAGUCGGCUCUUACCAAAGACUUGAACGGAGCUUGCGUCCUCCUGCAGCAGCUGACAAAAAGGCAGCUGUAACUUUCUUGGCUCCUCCAUGGCUUCCAUCAGAGACACUGGCGGUAACCGCAGCCCUCCGACUUUCAGGUAUGACUUUAUAAUCUCACUGAAACACCAGUAACACAAUAAGCAGAUAAGGGAUUUUCCAGAAUUAUCCUAGUAAAUGUGUCUAAUAACAUCUGAAUCGCUCCCACUGUUGUCACCUUUUUUUUCCCUAGCGCUUCACUCUAACUUUCCUCAUCCAUGAAUCUUUCAUCCUCGCUCAAAUUAAUGGGGAAAUCGUCGCUUUCUUGGUCCGAAUCGCUCUUGCUGCUGGUGGCUAUGAUUAUGAACAAUGUGAAGAUGUGAGGAGCCCUACAAUCCGUGACGUCAUGCGCACAUUGUCUGCUACUUCCGGUAAUGGAAAGGUUUUUUUUAUUAGCGACCAAAAGUUGCAAACUUUAUCGUGGAUGUUCUCUACUAAAUCCUUUCAGCAAAAAUAUGGCAAUAUCGCGAAAUGAUCAAGUAUGACACAUAGAAUGGACCUGCUAUCCCCGUUUGAAUAAGAACAUCUCAUUUCAGUAGGCCUUUAAUGUAAUACAGUCAUUUUAUGAUGUUAAGUUAAGUAAUAAGGUUAAUAAAAUGUCAAGAUGUAAUAAAACAAAAUAAACAGACAAUUCAGCACUUUCCCAUUUAAAUAUACAAUUAUAAUAUGAGAGAAAAAAUACCAGAACUAAUACAAAACUAUUUAAAAAAUAGUUAAAAUAAUUUUAGUGUAAUACAGUCAUUUUCUGAUGUUGGGUAAUAACUCAAUAAAAGGUUAGCUAAAAAUUCAAAAUGUAAUAAAAAAAUAAACAGGCAAUUCAGCACUUACCCAAUGGAAUAUACAAUUAUAAUAUGAGGGGAAAAAUACCAGAACUAAUACAAAAUUAUUUAGAAAAAAUAGUUAAAGAAAUUUUAAUGAAGUAGUCAUUUUCUGAUAAGUCAUAACUCAAUAAAAGGUUAAUAAAAUGUCAAAAUGUAAUAAAUAAAAAAAUAAACAGACAAUUCAGCACUUUCCCAUUUAGAUUUAUUAUUGUAAUAUAAGGAAAAAACUGCCAGAACUAAUACAAAAUUGUGUUAAAUAAAAACAGUUACAUUUAUUUUUAUGUAAUACAGUCAUUUUCUUGGCGACUUGUCCAGGUUGUACGGCGCCUUCCGCCUGAUUGUAGCUGAGAUAGUCUCCAGCGACCCCGAAGGGAAUAAGCGGUAGAAAAUGGAUGGAUGGAUGGAAAGUCAUUUUCUGAUGUUAAGUAAUAGCUCAGUAAAAUAUAAAAAAAAAUAAUAAUAAGAAAUAUAAAAAUUCAGCACUUUCCCAUUUAGAUAUUUAGGAUGACAAACAUGGCAUUAAUGACCUAUGAAAACAAUACAUUUUACUACAACGUGAACACUACAAACUAAUUAUAUCAUCAGUUUUUGGACUGAAUCAUCAAGAGACAAAUGUAUCAAACUUAUCAUGUUGCUGUGUUGGUUGUUUGUAUUAUUGUCUGCAUUCCUGUAUUUUUGUUUUAUGGCUUUUAUCCGCAACUUUUCUGCAACAAUGCAAAGGAAACAACCAACCAGUCGGCUUUUAAUAAUAUUGUGUGUAUAAAAUGUACAGUUUGUUUACACAUAUUUGAUUGUUGAAUGCAACCCCUCCAUUCCAAAAAAUAAAUACCUGAAUGUACAUGUAA